AUAAAAAAUUUUGGUAGGCUCAAAAUUUAAAUGAUAAAAUUGAAUAUUAAAUGUAACAUGACUUUUUAGAAAUAUGUCCAUUUUUUAAAAAAAAAUUACACAUGAAACAAGGUUGUGACUUCUGUUUUAAUAUAUAAGAUUUUGAGACAUAAAACCUCUUCAAUAAAGUUUUUACUAAACUUUUGAUAAAAUAGCUUGGAUAAUUUUGCAACCCAUUUUGAUAUUUAAAACGACAAUAAACUAUUAGCUUUAAACUGAUUUUUAAAAAUAAAAAUAAACUGAAUGUUGAAGUUUAUAUUGGUUGUUUAGGGUGGUUUAUGAUUCAUGAAUAAGAACUAUUAAGAAAACACAAAUUGACAAACUAAUUUAAUUAAAAUUUUCAAAGUGCGUAAAUUAAAUGAAGGAAAGACGGAUUCUGUUAUUAAACUUAAAGGGCGGGCGUGCAUGGUUGCCACUUGUCCAUGCAUUUUCUUCUGAUUAGAACACAAAAUACGUACUUCUUCCCUCACCUACUCACACUACUAACUCACAGAAUAUCUGUAUGCAGUCAAAACCCCACAAAAAAUCUUACAGUCAUAUGUAUUUAAAUAAAUAGUCUAAUUAAUAUCGAAUAUAUUACUUUGAUUGGUAUAUUCACAUUUAUCUUGUAUUUGUAUAUAUACGUGCUUGUAUUUCUCCAGAAUUGCUUGUAAAUUAAGAAUCAAAUUUGGUCCGAAUUGGUAUAAUGUGAUUAAGUAAGCAAGCAUGAUGUGAUCCUCUCUUCCGAAGCAAACAAAGCCACAGCCACCUGUAUUGUUUGUCUUUGUAUAUAUACUUGCUCACAUUUUUAUUUCUGAAAUAGAUUGUAUACACAUACAAAUACAAGAAAAUUAACAAAUCACAUGUUGACCACUAAGUCAUGAGAGUAAUUACAAUGUUGACUUAAACUAUAAUUUCAGUUCUAGAGAGAGACAGAAGAAGAGGAGAGAGAAGGGGAGAAAGAAGACGCCAUUGAAUUAUGGAAAAGAGGGAUGAACAGAACUUUUGUAACACCUGUUCAACAUUCACCUUCCACUCGUCUCCUCCUUCUUGGUUCCAUCUCUUAACUUAACCUCUCUUGAAACUAUGGUUGAGUUUUACUAUAAUCAACGUUCAUUUAGUGUCACAAGAUCUCGCUUCGAACUUUGCUAUCAUCAUAAUCUUUUUCACAAUCCUUUUAAAUCCCCUCCUCCAAAACCCUAGAUCAUGAAUGUGAGUUAUACAAAUGUCACCCCUUACCAUAAAUAGUAGUUAAAAGAAAGAAAAAAAAUAAACAAAAGCUUCUUGUUUAGACAAACCAAAUCUCUGAUUGCCCAGCGUCCAUUAUAAGCCACUGUUUUGAUCUGCACAACACACACACACACAAAAAGUCUCUCUCUCUUCUCUCUUCUCUCUAUCUCUAUCACUGAAACCCAAAGCCAUCCACCAUUUGUUCUUUUUUCCUUCACACACUGUUUCCACACUUCCUUUUUAUUAGGCAACCAAUUGAGUUAAAGAUGAUGAUGGAUGAAGCUCAUGAUGUGGAAACCAAAGCAUCUGCUUUAAUAGCAGGUGUCCAUCAUCGUCCAGGGUUUGGAUCCGGGUCUGGCCAUGUUCAUGGGUUAUCGGCGUCUGUGCCUCUUCUGGGUGUUAACUGGAAGAGGAGAAGGAUGCCCAGACAGAGACGAUCUUCUUCUUCCCUUAACCUUCUCUCUUUUCCUACUUUGCCUCCUUCUUCCUCCCACGUUCCAACUCCUCUUCCCGCACGUAAAAUAGACACAAGAAGGCUAAGAUUUCUCUUCCAAAAGGAACUGAAGAACAGUGACGUCAGUUCCCUCCGCCGAAUGAUACUCCCCAAGAAAGCUGCGGAGGCUCACUUGCCGGCGUUGGAAUCCAAGGAAGGGAUACCUAUAAAAAUGGAAGAUUUGGAUGGUCUUCACGUUUGGACCUUCAAGUACAGGUACUGGCCAAACAACAAUAGCAGAAUGUACGUGCUAGAAAACACAGGGGACUUUGUGAAUGCUCAUGGUUUACAGCAAGGUGACUUCAUCAUGGUCUACCAAAACCUCUACCCUAACAAUUACGUGAUACAAGCAAGAAAGGCAUCAGAAGAAGAAAACUUAACAAGCUUUGAAGAAGACGACGUUUACACAGACUUAACAAAGAUUGAAAACACUGUGGUUAACGAUCUUCUCAUCCAAGAUUAUAAUCAUCAUUACAACAGCGACAACGGAAAAUGUUCUUAUUAUUAUCCCAUCAUCGACGACGUCACCGCCACAGCCACUACCGCGUCUUUCGUCUACGACACGACGGCUCUAACCUCCAACGAUACACCUCUCGAUUUUUUGGGUGGUCUCACGAUGAGAACUAAUAAUUAUUACUCCAAGGUUGGAUCAUUCGAGGGUUUUGGCUCAGUCGAGAAUAUCUCUCUCGAUGACUUCUAGAAAAUCGGAUCGAGCUAUGGGCUCAUGAUGAAUAUUCUUGAUGGUGAUCAACUUUUUCUCUUACAAGAUAUAUAUAAAAAUGCAGUGAACAAAAAGGUGUUUUAUAUUACAGUAUGAGGAGCAUAGCUAGAUGGGAGCCGUGGAAGUGUUUUGUACUUGAUGAAUAAUGUAACUAUGUCUAUGUGUCGCGGCUUUAAGUUAUUAAUCCAUGCCCGAUAUGAAAAGCAAAACAUAAUUUUCAUUUUGGGAAAUUUGUUGUUCUUUUUGUAAAAGCAAACCAAUUUCGUUAUAUAUAUAUGAACUUGUCUUUUGAAAUCGUGUUAAGUCUUAACUAUUUAUUUAACCAUUAACAAAUUAUUAUUUAUUAAACUGUUUUGAAAAUUUAUUUUUUAGUUUACAAGGCUUAAUCAAGUUUAAAUAGUGUUAAGUGUUUACCCAUUAUCAAUCAAAACUCCGUGCAACAUCUAAAAGUAAU